ACGUAUAAACUUUGACCAAUCUUAGCGGUGUGUUGUCAAUAUUUGUGUGUGUGUACUGUAUAUGCUUAAAGUUUGAUGACUAUGAAUCAUUCGUGUAAAGUGAGAUGUGGCAGUCUGGUUUGUUUUCAUUGCAGUAGCAGCCUCACGAAACGAAUUAAACUGCCCAUAUGCGAGGUUUCCCGGCCAGUUGACCAGUGCAAACGGAGUAGAGUGCAAGAAGUCUCACAGCAAUUGUGAGGCUAUUUCACAUGUUAUUUUUAAUAGAGAAGAGAAGACUGCCUUUUAUAUAAAUUUAAUUCCAUUUUCAGCUACAUACACUUCAAUAAAUAAAGAAUAUCCUGAAGAAAAGAAAACAUGGAAAUCAAUGAAGCAAAGGGACUUGUACUUGGUACUCUAUUUGUCCUAACAUUUCUUUUUAGUAUGUUACCACUUUUACUUAUUAAAAAGUUUCGUGGAACCAUAGAUCCAAGCAAACGGCACAGGUAUGCUGUGGUCAUAAGCCACUUGAGUUGUUUUGCAGCUGGUGUUUUCAUGGCUACAGCUCUUCUACAUUUGUUUCCAGAAGUGAAUGAAACUGUUAAAAGGGCCCUGUAUUCCCUACAAAUCAAAACUGACUUUCCUGUCGCCGAGUUUGCUGUAUCUGUUGGAUUCUUUGUGAUACUGAUCAUUGAACAAAUAGUCUUGGACUAUAAAGAAAGAACAUUAACACAGGAUAUCCUUACACAGCCGGCAGAAGCGGAAGGUGAACAGUGGCUGUCACAACGUCGUAAUAGCAUAGAAGGCAUCAGUGAUCAGGUGCAUUCUAAUGAGCAUGACGUUCCAGCAGAGGAGCCAGAUGCACACUCAGUAUUCCGUUCAGUACUACUAUUGGCAGCCUUGUCAGUGCAUUCACUGCUGGAAGGUGUAGCAAUAGGACUACAGCCUGAUGUAAUGAGUGUACUGCAGAUAUUUAUUGCUGUGGUGCUCCAUAAAGUUAUUAUAGCCUUCAGCUUGGGACUCAAUCUCGUACAGAGCAGACUGAAACUUCAUGCAAUCAUAAGAUCCAAUAUUACAUUUUGUGUUACAUCACCUUUGGGGAUAGGAAUUGCAAUGGGUUUAGAAGAAUUUAGUCAUAAUGUACACUCGUCAGUGAUAAAUGGUAUUUUACAAGGCUUGGCUUGUGGAACAUUUGUGUAUGUUACUUUCUUUGAGGUCUUGCCACAUGAAAUCAACCGUGGAGAAAAUCGUCUCACUAAAGUUCUUGUUCUUCUGCUAGGAUUUUCAUUUAUAUGUGGGAUCUUAUUUUUGGAACCCAGUGACAGUACUCAUUCUGAGACUAGUUCCUCAACAGUCUCUGGCAGACACAUGUGGAUAAUGUAAUUUAACAUGUAUUGUUCACUUUGUUGUUAAUGUGAAGACUGUUAUACUAAGGAAACACAUGAAACAAUUGGAUAAUGUAACUUUUUUAAUUUUUUAAACUGCAAUAUACAAUUUUCUUUUGUAACUAUGACACCAAUCAUACAUAUAUUGUCUGGGCUGUUAAAUAGCCCAUAUUUUGAUGGAAAAAAUGGAAUAAAAACUGAUUCCUAAGCUCACAUGUACAAAAUCAUAUUCACUAAUUUAUUUCAACACCAGCAACUCGCAGAUUAUGAACAUAAAUGGAAAAAACAAAAACUAAAAGGAAUUUGCAGUUUUUUUGCAACAUGAUUACAAAACAAAAUUUACCAAUUCUAAUUGUGUGUGUAAUCUAUUAAAACAGUGGAUGCAGUACAACAGCUUUUAUAAAUGAUGUGGAAAAUUACAUAUGCAUAGCUUUAUAUUCAAUUGUUUUCUGGUUACUGGUCAAAAGCUUCUGAUCUCAAAAUAUAUCUCAUUUGACAUGAAUGAGUACUGCAUUCAGUUUUGAUACUGCAGUGACAACUUUUAAUUCAUUUUAAUAA